CCGGCAGUCAUAAACCUGCGCUUCUUCCAAACAACGAUGCCGAGACUCAUCUGUUUGGUCGCGGUAGCGCUGAUCGCCGCUCACGGUGCCGCCGCCAAGUUCAAAGUCAUCCGCGAGUGGCGCUACAUCAACUUUACGUGGCCCGCCUCCGAUACUUACGAAACCGCAGUGCGUCGCGGCGCCUACGUCCCGGAGAACGUCGUCGUGGCCGGAAUAAAGUACCACGACGGUUUCUACUAUCUGACAUUGCCGCGUAUGAAAGAAGGGGUGCCGGCAACCCUGGCGCGCGUCCCCGCCUCUGCCCCCGAUACCGCGCCUCUGCUCACCCCUUACCCAUCGUGGGAGAUGAACGCGAUCGGGGACUGUGACGCGUUGCAAAACGUGCAAAACGUCGAAAUCGACCCUAACAAAGGUCAGAUUUGGAUCAUAGACGGGGGCAGGACGGAGACGAUGGGACUAAGGCCCGUGGUCAAGUGUAAACCGAAGUUGGUGGUGUACGACGUCGCGAAAAACGACGCCGUGUUGACGUACAGUUUUCCGGAACACGUCGCCAGCGUGAACGGGAGUUUUUUGUACGACAUCGUCGUAGAUAACACCGGUGACGGUUACGCCUACGUCACGGACAACAGCGGGCGGGAUCCUGGUAUAAUCGUGUUCUCGGUCAGAGACCAUCACUCGUGGAAGAUUCGCCACGCUCAAUCGAUGAAGGCGGACCCCAGAGCAGUAUACUUUGCCGUCAACGGGGUCGCCGUCUCGGCCGCCAUCAAUGUCGCGAGCAUCGCUCUAGGUCUUCGGGACUACCCAGGCGUUGAGUCGAGGCCUGUCUUUUACGCCCCCCUAUCAUCUCUACACCUCUACUCGAUCAACAGCUCUGCUUUGAGGAACGAAGGCUUCGCCGACGGAGAUUUUCAAGGUCAGGUCACCGACUACGGCCUGAAGGAGUCCCAGUCCGUCGGGAUGACCAUGGAUAACCGUGGAGUGCUAUAUUACAGUUUGUUGGGUAGCAAUAGCAUAGCUAGGUGGAAUUUCAGCACGCCGUUCGUCACCGGGCAGAAGAUCAUCGCCAAGGACGAGCGGUACCUAGAGUGGACCAACUCGUUGACGUUCGACGACGCCGGAAACCUAACCCUGCUGGUCAACAGGCUCCAGAGGUUCAUCUACGGCAGACUGGACCUGAGGGAACCCAAUUUCCGACUGAUUUCUGCCAACGUCGGUGCCAAAGGGUACCUGUACGACGAUCAACUCUACAACGUCGCUACCAGUACGACCACGAGCACUACGCCGGAACCCCAGGAUACGACAGACCAUUCUGAAGAAGAUCCCGUAGCGUUACCCCCAGGUAGCGAUCAAGACCCGUACAUGGCGCCCCAACCUGUCCCGGAGGAGCCUCAACCGGAACCGACGACCUCGCCAGAGACGGAACCCACCGCCGAACCGGAACCUUCUCCUACGGAAGCGGUGGAGGUCACGGGGUCUCCUAAGGCGCAGGUGUCUGCAGGUGUGCGGGCGACAGUGGGCCCGUGGUUUUUGGUGGCGGCUGUGGUUCUGGGGGCGGCGUGACUCGUGCGAUGACGUACGGGGCGGAGCAGUAUGUAAAUAAUAUCGAAAACGGAAGGGCGGUUUCGUCGUAGACGCGUGACGAUCCAGGUCCGCUCUCCGAUGUAUAUUGUGUGAUAAAUAUAUGGUUGUUUUAUGUCGA